AUGCAGGCUGGUCGGCCUUUCCCGAGUCCGGGGCCCCCAAGCGAGUCUGCCUCGCCAUGGUCAGAAACACUGCGGAGACAUGGGAUGGGAGGGUCCCUCUUUGGCGUCGAAGGACAGCAAGCCAUGUUGGCACUUCCGGGAAGCGAGGCACCUAUCCCUGUGCAUAUGGACUUUUCGCAAGCGUCCAAGAAAGCAGACGAGAAGAGACAGAGAAAUGCAGUGGCUUCGACAAGGCACAGGAGGAAGAAGAAGAUCAUGCAGGAGGAGAACUCAAAACAGCUACAAGAGCUUCGGGAUGAAAGGCGUCUCAUGGAGAUACGGAUCGACGAGUUGACUCAACAGCGGGACUUCUACCGUGAAGACCGUAACCGUUUACGAGACAUUGUCGCACAAACGCCAUCAAUAAGUAACCUUGCUGCUGGACUUCCUAGUCCUACUAUUUCAACAAGCAAUUCUUAUGCAGAAACCGGGUCGUUAGCAUCAGGGCCAUCUGGAUCCAUGAGUUACGGAGAUGUCCUAUCGAACGAAAGACCAGCCCAACGCCGUCGAACCGAUGACCACCCUGAAUAUUCGCUUCCACCAUACGGGUCCCCUGCGAGCGGCCACCCGAGUGCAUCUCCUAGUGGACUACCUCCGAUGCCCAUGCCAGGUUAUGGCGGGCCAUCACGGCCAUCAUCUGCGGCAUCCUCAGCGAGCGGUGAAAGGCUGCCGCCGCUGAGAGUAAUGGAAGGUCGACCUCCUACUGGCCCACCCCCCGGGCCAGGUGUUCAAGAGCAGGAUCCGCGAACUGGUCAGUGGGUUCCCGUUCAGCCUCGAGUUCCAGAGACUGGGUGGGCAACAAGGGACACUCACCGCAGACCUUGA